AUGAACUAUCGUGAUGAACAAUUGGGAAACAAAAGUGCUGUACUGUUAAAUGUUGGCGGUGGACGAUAUUAUCUCAUGCUGCCUACGAAUGAUACAAGUAUGGAUGAUUAUUUUCAAGUGAGAAAUCUUUAUGAAACAGUAUCUCAACAAAGUAACGCUCUCAAAGAGUUGAUACGAGCAUAUCCAAUGUCGGAUAUUUGUUCAAACUCAGAAGAACAGUUAAAAAUCUUUUGCUCUCUUAUCGAUAAGGACAUGACCACUAAUAUAAUGGAUGCACUAAGCGUGGCAUCAAGUUAUGCUUCUAAAAUUCCGUUGGAACCUAAAUCCACUAGCAAUCCAAUUAACUUUGAAGCAGUUAUCCUGCUGGCAGGGGAAGAGCCAGUAAAACUACCACUUCAAAACACAAAAAUUUUGAUAAUCCCCCAAGAUUUAACAUUUAUUUCCCUGGAAGUUGCUUCGAAGAGAGCAAAAUGCAACGAUAUUACUAUUGCAGGUAGCAAUACACCGGACGACAGAACCGUAGAUAUUGGUAAAACACACAUUUCGCUCAAGUUUCACUAUGAAACGUACACGAUCCCUGAUCAAAUCGAUGUCUACUAUAAAAAUAAACAAAUAUUUACCUCAGGUUGUGCUGGCACAGAAGGAGAGCGCAUUACAUCGAUAGCGCUCACUGACAGCGAAACAAGCUUGCGUGUCAAGGUAACACCAAAUUGCGCUGGGACUAGCAGCACGGGGUGGAAUUAUAGAGUUGAAUGUCCAUUUGAUAACAUGAUUUGCAAAAGUGGCACUUGUUCUUGUGAUUCUAAAAUGAAACCAUCUGAACAAAUAAAUCCACCUACAGUGAACGGGUGCGGGUCUGGGGACGGCUUUUUUACAAACUUUUUUGUUAGUCCAAUAGGAAAACUAUGGAACUUCACAACAAUAUGCGAUGUACAUGAUCGAUGUUAUGGAACGUGUAACACUCCUAAAUCAGUAUGUGACAAAACAUUCUUCAAUCAAAUGCUGCUUUCGUGUGACACUCGCCCGAUAGGGAUUCAAGCCUUAUGUGCUGCAGACGCGUUCUUAUUUUACGCUGGAGUGCUAUUGGGUGGUACAGGUCCCUUCUUUGAUGCUCAGGGGGAAAGCUGUUGGUGUGAUCCCAAUAUCAUAUUACUUUCGUCAAUUAAGAAGGAGAAUGAUUUGUACGCUUAA